AUUCAUCUUGCCUUUCCUGUUCAGGCACAACAACAGUGAUGGCGGCUGCCGCACGAUUCUUCAUCCGAGGGGUGAACUCUAAACUUUCAAUCACCGGUGUUGGCACCGGGGUGCACAGCUCUUUCGGAGCCACUCUGCUGAAACUGACGCCGAGCUGCAAUUCGCGUUCAAAAACACAACGAAGACAUGCAGCGCACUUUACUUUCCAGCCUGACCCCGUCCCGACACAAUAUGGUCCCACACAGAAGAUGAACUUGUUCCAGUCAAUAACAAGUGCCUUGGACAACACUCUUGCCAGUGAUCCUACAGCAGUCAUCUUUGGAGAGGAUGUUGCCUUUGGUGGAGUAUUCCGAUGCACAGUGGGUCUGAGAGACAAAUAUGGUAAGGACAGAGUCUUUAACACUCCCCUGUGCGAGCAGGGCAUUGUGGGAUUUGGUAUUGGUGUAGCUGUUGCUGGUGCCACAGCUAUUGCGGAGAUCCAGUUUGCUGACUACAUCUUCCCUGCCUUUGACCAGAUAGUCAAUGAAGCAGCCAAGUACCGCUACCGUUCUGGCAACUUGUUUGACUGUGGCAACCUCACCAUUCGGGCUCCGUGGGGAUGUGUCGGCCAUGGAUCACUUUACCACUCUCAAAGCCCAGAGGCGUUCUUCGCCCACUGCCCUGGCAUCAAGAUUGUAAUACCCCGUAGUCCAGUGCAGGCCAAGGGGCUGCUCCUCUCCUGCAUUGCUGACAAGAAUCCGUGCAUAUUCUUUGAGCCCAAGAUCCUGUACAGAGCAGCAGUGGAGCAGGUUCCCGUGGAGGCCUACACCAUCCCACUGUCGCAGGCCGAGGUCCUACAGGAAGGAAGUGACGUCACUCUGGUUGCCUGGGGGACACAGAUCCACGUGAUGAAGGAGGUUGCCAACAUGGCUCAAGAGAAACUGGGGGUGUCAUGCGAGGUCAUCGAUCUACAGACCAUCCUGCCCUGGGAUAUUGAAACUGUUUGCAAGUCUGUGGUGAAAACUGGACGUUUGCUCAUCAGUCACGAGGCUCCAGUAACCGGAGGCUUUGCUGCUGAAAUCAGCUCCACUGUACAGGAGGAGUGCUUCCUUAACCUGGAGGCUCCCAUCAGUAGGGUCUGUGGUUACGACACACCCUUCCCCCACAUCUUUGAACCCUUCUACAUCCCAGACAAAUGGAAGUGUUUUGAUGCAAUCAAGAAGAUGAUCAACUACUGAACCCCUGUCAGAGCCAACUCCUGGUAGCCCUGAACUCCCCCCCCAACUCCUUUUCCUCAUCAUUCAUCCAAUCGGUGGAGAGCAGCCAGGAAAAGACAUUUCACUGACCAGCCAAUCAGGAAGCACUAUCCAGAUGGGCUCCGUGUCCCUCUGUGUCAUCCAGCCAAAAUGACUGUUACAGUACCUGUGGAUUAGGGAACUGCAUUCUGUUGCAAGGGAAAAUGACUCGAUCCAGUCUAUAUGAUGAAAUUCUACGUUGGCUUCAACAUAACGCACAUAAUUUAAUUUCCUCUGAAAUAAAAGUUGGCUGCUGUGGGGAAAACUGUAUUUGGUUGCAUUUGUGACUGUCUGCCUUUCUGUGCUGUUACUUUUGAUUGAACGUGUCCGACUGUGCUCUAAACUUUAUUUAGUUUGACUUCAAUGUACUAAUAUAAUGGAUCUGUGGUUUUUAAAGAAAAUAAAAUCAUCAGAAUUGGUUAAAACAUUUAAAA